CAGAAGGGACUCGGGCGCUACGCGGCAGAAUUUAGCUUUGCGUCCAUGGCCGCGAUGUUCGCGCACACCGGACACGAUCGCCCAUGAAGUAUCGCCCGUAGUCUCCAUCGUCUUAUCCCUGGUGCGGACUCCGGCCUUCGCCAUGAGCUGUCUGGAUGUUAUGUAUCAAGUGUAUGGUCCUCAACCUUAUUUUGCAGCAGCGUACUCGCCUUACCAUCAUCAGAAAUUAGCCUUUUACUCGAAAAUGCAGGAGGCGGCGGAUAGUGCGAACAUCAGCGGGACGUUUUCUGUGCACGGCUCUGCGAUCAAGGAGGAAGACCCGGGCAGCGAGAAAGAGCGCCCACCUGAAGCGGAAUACCUCAGCUCCCGCUGUGUGCUCUUCACCUACUUUCAGGGUGACAUUAGCAGUGUUGUUGAUGAACAUUUCUCAAGGGCACUGAGCCAGCCCAGCAGUUACACCACGGCCAGCGCUGGCUCCAAAUCUGCCAGGGGAGGUUCCAGUUCUUGGAGAGAGGGCGCCUUCCCAAUGAACCAGAGAGGUUUUCCUCCUUCCUUCUGGAACAGCACUUACCAGCCCUCUAUGUCUGCGAGCUUAAGUAGCAGUCUAGGUAAUGCCCUCGCAGGAGCUCCCUCUGAGCUGCCUUUUGGAGCCGACCCGUACUCGAGUGCCUCUUUGCACACACAUCUGCACCAAGGAGCCCCCGAGCCCUGGCACCACCACCACUACUCAUUGGGAUGCGCCGUCAGUACACAGAGUUCUGUCUACACACGGCCUAGCAUGCAUGACGUAUAUGGGGUCGGUGGCCCUUUUGACCCGCGCUACAGCUCACUAUUAGUGCCUUCAGUGAGGCCGCACAGGCUUCCUGCUGUCCCUACACCCCAGUGUGACCUGGCAAAGAGUGACACGACCUCUGCAUGGACCACAGGGGCCUUUACUGGUCCCUCCACUGACAUGAGCCAAACCCUCAACAUCAAUGUGGAUGCAGGUCUGCCGCACCAGGAAAAAAGCAAGGAUCUUUACUGGUUUUAGAGCACUCGUCAGCUACCUCGUUUGGCUGCCCUGUAAUUUCUACCUGAAACAUUUCUCUUCCUCUGUGUACAGUGUGUAACAGAUUUUGAUCUCGGUUUCAGCUCGCCGCUACUCCCUUUGUGGUGGAUCCCUGUUAAACUGAGUGUUUAUUACACAACAAAACGCUUCAAUCAAACGUAACACAAAAACUGUUUUUUGGAAAAAUAAAGUAAUGUUUCAAACUCCACAGCUGAACAGCCGGCCCAUAGAAGCUAAAAAUGUGACUGUAUCCUUUGCUAGAUUGCACGCUCCUCUGCGGGAGGACUUUACGAGAGGAAGUUGGUUUGAAAUGUCUUGGAUUUUAACACAUUUUCGGAAAUGUGCUCAUUCUUUUAAAGGAACACCGAGGUAUCUGAAUCAAAUUCUACUCGAAUCCAGGGUGUGUUGAAUGGGCCGAUUGGGAUUUCAAAGAAUCCGCAGUUGGGCAUUUCAUAACAGAUUGCUUCGAAUAGACUCAACAAGCUCGUGUUUUUUUGUUAAACAACGAGCUAAGAUGGUAACAGGACCACAAAAGGAAAACGAAUCAUUACAUGGGGGAAAAAAAACAGAAUGCGGAUAGUCCUGAUAAACAAUUGUUUCUCUCGUGAAUCUGCUUGACGAUUAAAACUCCACAAAACUGGAGAGUCAUAAUGAGGUCGAAUGUAGCGUGGCCUUUCCCGCAGCCACCAGAUCUACCGAGGCUACAGUGCAGCAGCUGUUGGGACAACUGUGAAAACUAUCGGCUCUCGGAGAGGACGCCGUGCUGGGCGGCGUUUCAGCGCCUGGGAACUGACAAGUGGGAGCUUCUGAAGACCCGAUCUACGAGGCUGAAUGAAGCGAUGGAAAAGGAUGGACUCCACAUCACGCGGCGAAAAGUGAGAGGGAAUGGGGGAGCAAUUUUCAGGUUACGCACGCAUGAACGUCCGACCGAUGAAGUCCGGUUAAUUGAAACGUUUUAAUUCUAUGAGUCGGUAAAGGUCUUUUUUUUUCUUUGUUAUCGUUGCCAUUUUAACCAUUUCCGAGAUUGAUUUGUAACUAUGACAGUGAGUGAAUAUGUCUAGUCAUUCGCGAAAUAAAGUAGUUUAAAAAAAAAUUCUGUAAAAAUAGAUUGUAUAAAAUUUUACUAUUUUGGCAAGGCAACGCGAGUUAAUAAGUGUGAAUAUUUGUUAACUUUAUUUCCGUUUAUUCAUCCAUUAAACUUGUGAAGGUGAAGUUGAAAGCUGGAGUGUCCACCUAAAUUCAAAUUGAUAGUGUUUGGCAUCCAGUACUGUG